UACAAUAAGGUUUAGUCAGUGGCAGUUUGCGGAACACACGGGGAUACUCCAACUCAUAAUGUUUAUAAUGUGACGAAAACUAAAUUGUUUAUUUAAUGAUAAAUAUAUAAAAAACUAAAAGAUAUAAAAACGUACAGUCAAAAUGAAAAAUUUCAACGAAGACUCAAUCAAAAAUGGCAAAUACAAAGUGAAUACACUUGACGAUGUGAAGUUUUCAGGAAAGGACAGUUUAGAAGACAAAGAAUCUGAAGUCCCUCAGGAUGAGGUACCCAACGUGUCUUUCUUCACCUUGUUCCGAUUCGCAACCGUCAGAGACAAAUGCUAUAUCACCGCGGCACUACUAUUCUCCGUGAUAGCCGGCUCCACGACCCCGGUCAACACGCUCCUAUUCGCAUUCCUCCUGCAAGCCAUGGUGGACUACGGCAUCUCGGUGUUAAUCGGGAUGCCAGACAACGAGGGCUUUAUGAGUGCGGUGGAGACGUUUGCCCUGUACAAUACGAUAGUCGGGAUCGCGAUAGUGCUGCUGUCGUAUGCGGCGACCACGCUUAUGAACAUUGCUGCCUACCAUCAGGUUUACAGAAUACGGCAAGAAUAUUUAAAAGCAGCACUUAACCAAGAUUUCGAGUAUUUCGAUUUGCAUCAAACAGGCGACUUUGCGUCCAAAAUGACGAAUGACGUAGUAAAGCUGGAAGAUGGAAUCGGGGAGAAGCUAGCAACAUUUCUGUUCUACCAAGCUGCCUUCUUUAGUUCAGUCAUCAUGGCCCUCAUCAAGGGUUGGAAGUUGGCUCUUUUAUGUCUCAUCACAUUCCCUGUUACCCUCAUGCUCGUCGGAAUCGCAGGGCUGAUUGCAGCAAAAUUAUCAAAAAAAGAGGCAGUGGCUAUCGGUUUAGCUAGCUCUGUAGCAGAAGAGGUGUUGUCCUCCAUCCGUACUGUCUACGCUUUCAAUGGACAGCGAAAGGAGAUUGAUAGGUACCAAGUACAUUUAGAAGACGCAAGUGCUAUCAACAUAAAGAAGGCUUUCUUCAACGGCAUGGCGAUGGGAACACUGUUCUUCUGUAUCUUCUGCGCAUACGCACUGUCCUUCUGGUUCGGUUUCCAGUUUAUUACAAACGAUGACGCUUAUGAUGUUGAAACCAUGAUUGCUGUAUUCUUUGGAGUGCUGAUGGGGUCAGCUAAUUUCGGAAUAUCUUCGACUCUGAUGGAAGUGUUCGGCUCAGCGCGCGGCGCCGGCGCCCAGAUCUUCUACCUCAUAGACAACGUGCCGUCCAUCAAUCCCCUGCUGGACCGCGGCGUCACACCCCCCUCCAUGGAGGGAAACAUCGACUUCAACAACGUGGUCUUCCAUUAUCCUUCACGUCCUGAUGUUCCGGUAUUGAAAGGCGUGACGCUGUCGGUGAAGCGCGGGCAGUCAGUGGCCCUCGUCGGACACUCCGGAUCCGGCAAGUCGACCAUCAUACAACUCAUCUCCAGAUACUACGAUGUCGUCGAUGGCAGUGUGUCGGUGGACGGGCGCGACGUGCAGGACCUGUCGGUGCGCUGGCUGCGCGCGCAGGUGGGGCUGGUGGGGCAGGAGCCGGUGCUGUUCAACACCACGGUGCGGGAGAACAUCCGCUACGGCCGCGAGGGCGCGUCGGACGACGACAUCGAGGCGGCGGCCAGACAGGCCAACGCUCACCACUUCAUAAUGAAGCUGCCUAAGGGUUACGACACUCUAGUGGGCGAGCGUGGAGCAUCAAUAUCAGGUGGUCAGAAGCAGAGGAUAGCCAUCGCGCGGGCCCUGGUGCGGGACCCUCGCAUCCUGCUGCUGGACGAGGCCACCAGCGCCCUGGACACCGCCUCCGAAGCCAUCGUGCAGAGGGCUCUUGAUAAAGCUCAAGAGGGCCGCACAACAGUCGUAGUAGCACAUCGACUAUCCACUAUAAGGAACGUAGACGUCAUAUACGUGUUCAAAAGCGGAGAAGUCGUCGAAAGCGGGAAUCAUGAGGAGCUGAUGAAGAAAAAGGGCCAUUACUACGACAUGGUAGGCCUGCAGUCUUCCCCGGAUGACACAGACAAGGACCCGGAAAACCAAAGAGAACUCACCAGGACAGUGUCCGUGUUGAGCGAGAAGGAUGAAGACGAACUACCGAUACCUGAGGCAUCUCCGGAAAAGGUAGAAGAUGAAGCUGAGGUGUCUUUUAUAGACGUGGUGAAGCUGAAUUCCCCUGAAUGGAAGACGAUCACCGUGGCCAGCAUCAGCUCUCUGGUCAACGGGUUCGGCAUGCCCUUACUGGCCGUCGUUCUUGGGGACUUUCUUGGGACACUUUCAGGACAAAACUCUGAAGAACAAUUAAAUGAAGUUAGGAGAUACGUGUACAUUUUCAUUGGGAUCGGCGUGAUGUCAGGCGUUACAAGCUUCAUACAAGUGUUCCUUUACGGAAUUGCUGGAGAACGAUUGACGGAGCGUCUAAGAAGACUCAUGUUCGAAAAACUGUUACAACAAGAAGUUGGAUUCUACGAUGAUCGAGAAAAUUCUACGGGAGCCCUAUGCGCUCGACUCUCUGGCGAAGCAGCAUCAGUUCAGGGGGCUACAGGUCAACGUAUUGGGACUGUUCUCCAAGCUUUCGGUACAUUUUCACUGGCUUUGGUUCUUGCUCUCAUAUACGAAUGGAGGGUUGGGCUGGUAGCGCUAACAUUUGUACCAAUAAUGGGCGCUAUAGUGUACAAGCAAGGCAGAAUGAUUACAGCGGAAUCAUUUGGAACUGCUAAAACUAUGGAAAGGAGUUCUAAGAUAGCCGUGGAGGCAGUUGCCAAUGUACGCACAGUGGCUUCUUUGGGCCGAGAGGAGCAAUUCAUCCGCGAGUACUCCCUGCAACUGGACCCCGCGGUCGCGCUGGCCAAGCGGGCGGCGCACUGGCGCGGCAUCGUCUUCGGCCUCUCGAGGGGCGUCUUCAACUUUGUCUAUGCUGCCGCGUUAUACUACGGCGGUACUAUUAUAGUAAACGACGGUGUUCCCUUCGAUUCUGUCCUGAAAUCAGCUCAAGCUCUUCUAAUGGGUGCUAGUUCAUCUGCUCAGGCGUUUGCUUUCGCACCAAACUUCCAGAAGGGUAUUAAAGCUGCCGGCCGCAUCAUGGUCUUGUUGAAUAGACAAUCGAAGAUCACAGAUCCUGAUAAACCGGCUGUUGAAGACUUUAAAGGAACAGGCCAGGCUAGUCUCCAGGGUGUACAAUUCAGGUAUCCCACUCGGCCUACGAUACAAGUCCUAAAAGGAUUGGAUCUGGAAAUCGAGAAGGGAAAGACAAUAGCACUGGUUGGAUCCAGUGGCUGUGGUAAGAGUACUGUCAUCCAACUACUCCAGAGGUAUUACGACCCCAAUGAAGGAAUAGUGGCACAAGAUGGUAUUCCUCUAUCAAAGCUUCGUUUAGCGGAAUCCAGACGAGCCAUAGGUUUCGUUCAACAAGAACCCAUAUUAUUCGACAGAACGAUUGGUGAAAACAUAGCAUAUGGCGAUAACUCCAGGACGCCUGAUAUGGACGAAAUAAUUGAAGCAGCUAAACAAGCAAAUAUACAUAACUUCAUAACAUCACUGCCUAUGGGCUACGAAACAAACAUUGGGUCUAAGGGUACACAACUGUCUGGAGGGCAGAAGCAGCGAGUAGCCAUAGCUCGCGCCUUGCUGAGACGACCCAAGAUGCUCCUACUUGAUGAAGCUACCAGUGCCUUGGAUACUGAGAGCGAAAAGGUGGUGCAAGAAGCUCUAGACAAGGCUAAGGCAGGUCGCACAUGCGUGACCAUUGCACACAGACUCAGCACUAUACGAGAUGCAGACGUGAUCUGUGUUCUGCACGAGGGGCUGGUCGCAGAGCAAGGGACUCACACUGAACUCAUGAAUGCCAAGGGGCUCUAUUACAAGUUGAACAAACAAUCAUAUUCAUGAUACCAAAGUCUAAACUAAUUUAAAUUAUAUUAAGAAAAAAUGAGAUUACUAUUAUAUUGUAAGUAUUUUGUACUCCCAACAACUUAACAUUUUUAUACAAAACUAAAAAAUAUUUUUACUUAUCAAUAGAAUUUGUACUUUAAUAUUUGUGAUCAAAAUAAAUGGUUAUCAAUGUUAAA